GUAACGUAGCUCGACUAGAUUGUUGUUGGUGUCCCCAGGUACAGCAUAUGCUCGAUAAAGGCAGUGGUAAUUGGCCAGAUACAUGCGACCGAGCGUAGCAUAGCGUCGCACAUUCCAGGCAAGGAUUUCUCAGCCGCACCUCUCAGGUCAUAACUUCUCAGCCGCACCUCCCACCACAUGUCACGAUGGCUGCGGCUUUUGUCGAAGCUCUGAACGGAUUGAAAGUUGCACCAAAACCGCUUCAGCAAUUUACCUCUCAGAACACGUUUGCCGAAUUCUACUCGUCAUCGUUCCCUGUUUUUGCACUCGGCUCGGGGGUGUCCAAUUCCGACCUCCAGCAAGCCACCCGAGUGAUCAAUCAACAAGCUGAGGCGGAUCUCGGCUACGAGGAAUCGGAGUUGGCAGAGAUGGGCUACGCUGCAGCUGUUCCUGAACCUUGGCAGCUCCACGAGAGAAGUGCACCAGACGCCGCACGGUGGUACCAUGAGGAGUUUAACAAAGACGGCCCCCGCUCCGCCAACGACCCGCAGUGGUACCCACUUGGAUUCCUUGGAAUUAUUUCCAGCGAUUGGAUGGAAACGGGAGCGGUGUUGGUGUUUUACGACGCUCGGCAUCAACACCCCACGGACGAGCCGGUCGCUGUCAAGGCAUUCGUGUUGGACCCCGAAAAGAUUGGGCCAGCUGUCAUAAGUCUACGUCAAGGCGAUGACGAUUAUGAGAACGUGAAAAGGAAUAGCGCGAAGGAGUGA